AUCGGGGACUUUUUCUUCCACAUGAUCGAAGCUUUCCUCUCGAAUUAGAGGCUUCGCGAGAUCCUUUUUAUUAGUGUAAGCGAAGGGUCAUCUGCACGUGGAAGCGACCGAUCGAAGACCUCGGUGAGUCGACGAAGAAUGGCGUACAUCGAUAACGGUGUUGUGAAGUCAAAGCGUACGAUAUGGCGGUUUAGUUUAAUAUCAGAUUUCUUCUGGGCCAUUGUAAACUUCUUUGGAGUAUUCUUUAUAACAAUGUUAUCGAUGGAGAAAUCGGAUCAGUACCAGAAAGGAUUGGGCUCUAGCAAGAAAUGGGAUGGUGGUCAUGGUGGAGGACCCGGAGGUGGUUCUGGAGGAGGUCCAUAUGGUGGUGGGCCCGGUGGCCUCCGUGGGCCAUAUACCUUGAGCGAUCUCCGGUCUAAUGACCAUAGUUCCCUUCCUGCUUGUGGUUCAUGCUGUGGAGGUUAACGUUGUGAUCCAGGGUUAUUGCUCAAACAACUUUAUGUUCUUAUAGGGAAAGGCUUUGUUCAAAAGGUUGUGAUUUACUCCAACCACUUUAGUUUGUAAUAAUAAGGAUUGUUAUUUACUCCAUCAACCACUUUAGUUUGUAAUAAUAGAACAAGUUACGGUGAAUGUCGUUUCAGUGACCCUCCUUUGGCA